AUGGCAGAAACCUAUGGACAGGGUUCCCUACGCUAUUUCUUUUGUCAUGGCAAUCACGGGGACGUUCCGGUUCCCGACCAGAUGACGGUCGAGGCAAACAUCGUGGUUUUCACCGGGCAAGGUCAAAUACUGUACGGUCGAAACUCUGGGGAUGCCUCUUCGCGUUAUGUGUUUCGCAAUGGGGUCUACAAUGACGUAGAUGGUCAAAACGAGGGCCGCCUUCCUGCAAAAGCAUUGGUUGAAAGACUUCUAAAGAAUGUCUCCGUGCCAUCCCUUGUCGCAGCCGAAAUACCUAAUGACCAAAUUGUUAUGGAUCUCGACGUACAAGAUCCGUUUCUCUAUAUUUCAAUUCUCGUUCUCGGAAGAAGCGAUCUUCGCUCUUGCACUGCCAGUGAUAGAGAAUAUCUUGGUUUCAUGAUGCAAGCAUUCGUUCCUCGACUUGUCGGUGUAAUGGCCCCGACCGCAAAAGAAUUCCUACCCGGCGACGCUCUCAACUUAUCCACUGAUAUGGCCAUUCGUAUGGAGGCUAUCGAAGAUGACUUGGAAUACCAUACGUUUAUUGCAAUGUAUCGAGGACGUUAUGUUCAAAAGUCACUGCCACAACGUGCAGUUGUUGAACAGUGCUUGGUUCACAUUUUGAAGAUGCCGUUCGAGCUCAACUCCUCCAUUCAGAGUAGGUUGAUUCGAUACUGA